AUGAUUUGGAAUAGAGGAGAAACCAUCGGAAGAGGAGGGUUUGGCCUGGUUUCUAUAGCCAAUGUACUCCAACAGAAUGGCGAUCGAUUUCCACACGUUAUCGCUGUCAAAACUGCAAAAGUUUCUGCAUCAGAUUCGCUCGUUAAAGAGAAGAAGUUGCUUGAUAUAUUCAAUGGCUGUCCAUCUAUCCUUCACUGUUAUGGGGAUGAUGUUACCACGGAAGAUGGCGAUGAACUAUACAACAUACUGCUCGAAUAUGCUGCCGGAGGAUGUCUAGCAGAUCGGACUAUGGGAAAAGGCUUGCCGGAGAACAUUGUGAGACAGCACACAAAAUCCAUGCUUAUCGCCUUGAGUCAUGUUCAUAGGCUUGGGUAUGUUCAUUGUGAUGUAAAACCACACAAUGUAUUGCUAGUAUCUGAUUCUUUACCUUCAAGAAAGAAGGGGGUCAGAGAAAUCGCUAAGUUGGCCGACUUCGGGAGUGCAAAGAAGAUCAAAGAUGACGAAGAUAACAAGGAAUUCAGGGGUACUGUUCUAUAUGCGGCGCCGGAGUCCAUUAUCCAUCAAGAAUACCAGCCAGAGUCGGAUAUUUGGGCACUAGGAUGCACCGUGUUGCAUAUGAUUACAGGAAAAUCACCUUGGAAAGUCGAGAAAGAGGACAAGGCAGAGGACGUUUUAUUCAAGAUUGGUUGCAGUGAAGAAUUGCCCAAGAUUCCGAGUAAGGCUUCCAAAGACGCCAAGGAUUUUUUUAGUAAAUGCUUAAUCAAGAAUCCGAAGGCGAGAUGGACGGCUGAUAAGCUAUUAUCUCACCCUUUUGUAGGUGCACAGAAGCGUCAUUUUUCCGAGUUAUUUCAUGGUUGUUUGUCGAUACGUCAUUUACACAACCGUGUCCAUCCCAGUUUCUUUAUAACCAUUUAUAAUUCUUUUCCCCUUUUUCUGGUUUUGUGCGUGUUUGGAGUACAAGUGGGAUUAAAUGGUUAUUCUUUUUUUCAUUUUUGGUUAGAACUGAUGUCCAGUGAAGCCUUUCCGAAAUUGUGCUAUAUAGGGAUGAAUUUUACUGCAUUUACAGAAUGUUGA